GGUUCACCUGAUAGCAGAGAGCUGGAGAGAUGCAGGCAUGGUGGGGCAGCUUUUAUACCCAUUCCAAUAUUCCAUCUGCGACACUCGCAUUCAAGCUGUACAAUUGUCUGUGCUUAUGAAAAAGCCUGCUGUUUUUUGGGGAGAAGCUUAAUUAUAGCGGCUAAUCAUGCUUGAGGCACACCAUUAUAUCAGUGUGCCAUGCGAGGUGAGGUGAGGCUGGGGUGGCUUUGACUCUGGGCCUGGCUGCUUCCUGGUACAGGUCUGAGAUGGGUGGCCAGACAGGCCACUAGACCACAAAUAACAUUAACCCACAGGACUGAUUACAAGCCCAGGUUCAAAACCAGAGCGGGACGUUUUUUUCACAUCGUUGUUUCCCAGGGUGUAGACAAUCUGAAGGAGUUAACUGGAAAGACACUGGUCAGAGAACUCUUUCUCUACCCCACCUGAAAUUUGAAUAUACACUGAGUAUACAAAAUAUGCUGCUCGUUCCAUGAGACUGACCAGGUGAAUUCCAGGUGAAAGUUAUGAUCCCUUAUUGAUAUCACUUGUUAAAUCCACUUCAAUCAGUGUAGAUGAAGGGGAGUAGACAGGUUAAAUAAGGACUUUAAGCCUUGAGACAAUUGAGAGAUGGAUUGCGUAUGUGUGCCAUUCAGAGGGUGAAUGGGCAAGACAAAAGAUUUAAGUACCUUUGAACUGGGUAUGGUAGUAGGUGCCAGGCACAACGGUUUGAGUGUGUCAAGAACUGCAACACUGCUGGGUUUUUCACACUCAACAGUUUCCCAUAUGUUUCAAGAAUGGUCCACCUCCCAAAGGAAAUCCAGCCAACUUGACACAACUGUGGGAAGCAUUGGAGUCAACAUGGGCCAGCAUCCAUGUGGAACGCUUUCGACACCUUGUAGAGUCCAUGCCCUGACAAAUUGAGGCUGUUCUGAAGGCAAAAGGGGUGCAACUCAAUAUUAAGGUGUUCCUAAUGUUUUAUACACUGUGUAUAUCUUGAAGUCUUUAGUUGUUUUUUGCAGAUGGUUACUAGUAGUUCUAAUGGAGGUGCAGACUCAAUGUCCAAAGCUUAGCGUUACCCUCAGCUACCAUAAGAUCUGAUGCCAUUCUCCCUACUCUGUCACUAUGAUGAAUGAAGAUGUCUCUGAAGCACUGGCUAUGUGAGCUCAUUACACAAGGGAGGUAGGGGAACAUAUGGAGAAGGAGGGUGUGGGUGUGUUUGUGUUUGUGUGUUUAACAAAGAAACAAAGUAAGAUGUUUUGUAUGUACAGUCAAUACGUGUCCCACAGCAUAAUUCCAUGUCACUAUUAGUAGAAGUCCCUCUUCACAGGGUAAGGCUUACCCCUGGCAGCUGAGUCUCUCUCUCUGAGGAAAUGUUAUCAAAUCUGACUCACUGAGAUAUGAUACUGUUGGCUAUAUUAUGGUUCCUCUCUUAUAGAUCAUAGCAUGUAAAGAACCAGUCUGUGAGGAAAUGUAAAGAGAAACUUAUUACAGUAACUCACACAGACACCAAUUUCAGAAGUGUGUUGUUUCAGAGCUCCAGGGCAGUGGAGGGAACUGAAAGUGUGUGUUGGUGUCAGUGUGUGCCUGUUCCCCUUCCCAGGCAUACACACACACACACACACACACACACACACACACACACACACACACACACACACACACACACACACACACACACACACACACACACACACAGUGGAAACACUGUUAGUAGCUACACCAGUGAGAGCUGGGCCAUGGCUCACUUCCCUCUGUUUCUCUCAGUACGGAUGCAUGUGGAAACCUGUGGAAACACACAGAGAGGUGACAUGAGCAGGCUCUCAUUAUUCAUUGUAUGUUUCUCUCUCGCUCUCUCUAUCAUAUUAGUGCUGGUUUCCAGCAGCAGCCCCAUAUGUAUAGGCAGAUGGGCAACUGGACAGGUUCUGUGUUGUGAAGAUGUGGGCCUGGAACGGAGCCAGUGUGUUCCUUCCCCAAACUUUUGUUGUCUCAGUCUUUUUCAUUUUCCCCAUAGGCUAGUUCUGUGUUUAAUGUACAUGUCCCUUGUUGUUUCUUCCAUGUGGUUUCUUUGUCUUUCAGCCUCUUAUCUUUGUUUCUUCCCUUGCUCUCCUUCUAUUUUCUUUCCCAUUCUCUCUCGACUUCCUGCUAUCUCCCCCCCUCACGCACACCCUCACUCAAUCUCUCUCUCCCUCGCUCUCACUCCCUAUCUCCUUCUCCCCUCUCUCUCUCUCUCCCUCUCAUUCUCACAGCAAUCCCAACUGCUGAUGAUUGAUCAAGGUUUUCAAGGUUUGCCCUUUCCUGUUAUUUAGGAGAGAAUAUUAUGCUCUAUACAAUCAGGAUUGGCAUGUGUUCAUAUAGACUGUGUGUGUGUAACAAAGACACACAGUAAGAUACAGUAUUUUGCAUGUACAAUACUUGUCCCACAGCAUAAUUCAUGUCACUAUUAGUAGAUGUCCCUCCUCACAGGGUAAAGCUGACCCCUGGCAGCUGAGUCUCUCUCUGAGGAAAUGUUAUCAAAUCUGACUAUCACUGAUCUAUCACUAGUGUGUGUUGUGACAGUAGCACUCUGUCAGGGAUAUUGAUCUGUUGUUUCUGAGUUAAAGAGAAGCAUGGUCAUAAUAGCGUACCUGUCUCAUUACUAAGAUCAUCCAGAGUCGGACUACCUAAGCACACACCCAGUGCUCAGCCCGCAGGUACUUUGCCGCACUGUUUCUGAACACAGCCUGAAAUAAAUCUGGAAGUUCAAUAGUUAAUGUCUUCCCGUGCUGUUUUUCCUUCGGCUACGAAUAGACGCUCCGAGAGAAGAUAUAGAUAGAUGAGAGAAGGAUCUGACUCUAAUUCAGGAACAGAGAGAACGCUCUAUAUCAUUAUGACGCCCCUAUAGAUCUCUCUAUCUCUAUCAUCUAUCUAUCUCUAUCUAUCUCUCUCUCUCUCAAUCUCUCUCUCUAUCUCUCCUCUCCAUUCAUGCACUCACCUCUUCUCUCUCCUCUCUCUCUCUCCUCUCUCUCUCUCUCUCUCUCUCUCUAUCUCUUCUCUCUUCCCUCUUCUCUCUCUCUCAUUCUGCAACUUCCCCCCUUCUCUCUCUCUUGCUUGAUGGACUCUUUUAUUUUCACACUCCACCAUCCCCCUUUUUUUUUCUCUUUUUCUCUCUUCUUUCCUCUAGCCCUCCCUCCCCCUUCUCCUUCUUUCACUGCAUUUUCUUUCAGCCCUCGCUCUCUCUCUUCCCCACCCCAUCUCCAGCACUCCCCCUCCCUCCUCUAUUUUCUUUUCUCUUUCUUUCUUUCUUUCUCUUUCUUUUACCACAUCCUUUCUUAUGCUUUGCUCUCCCUCCCCCCGUCUCUCCUAUCCCUUCUUCCUCCUUUUCUGCUGCAUUCUGUUUUUCCCUCCUCCUCCCCCAUCUCUCUUUCCUCUCUCUCUUUUUCUUUCUGUCUCUCUCACCCCCCUUCCUCCCUCCUCUCUGCCUCAUUCCCCUUCCCUCUCCCUCUUUCUUUCUUAUUCUCUCUCCCCCACGUCUGUCUUACUCCCUCCCUCUCUUUCCUAACUGCUUUUCUCUCCUUUCUUUCUCCUUCUUUUGUCACUCAUUUUUCUACUGAAUGUCAGACAUGGUACACUUAAAACUGUUUUGCUUUUAAUACAUUUAAUUUAAGAAAUAAAGCCAACAAACGACAUGUUCUCUAGAAAGUAAAUAUUUUAGCAUAUCUCAGUCACUAUCUGUGUGACAGCCACUGACAGACACACCUACACCCAUACUACUGAUUAGAUGUUAUAAUUGUUUGUGUGUUGGAGUAUGUUUGCAAAAGGAAAUGCAAAGUAUGAGUGUGAUAAAGAGCAGAUAGGCUAGAACUUGGGUUUCUGUGUGCCUCAAAGAGAAAUGUGUGUUGAAGGGUCAUGCUGAAAUGUGUGUGGUGAGAAAGAGAGAUAAAAUGUGUGUGCUAUAUGUGUGUGUGUUUGUAGAUGUGUAUGUGAGAGAGAGAGGGGGGGGGGGAGAGACUAGAGAGAGAAUGAAAAAGGAGAGGGGGAGAGAGAGAGCGAGAAGUGAGAUGGGAGGAAGGAAGGGGGAGGGAGGGAAAUAAAGAAAUGGGGUGAUACUGUGUGUGUGUGUGUGUGUGUGUGUGUGUGUGUGUGUGUGUGGUGUGUGUGUGUGUGUGUGUGUGUGUGUGUGUGUGUGUGUGUGUGUGUGUGUGUGUGUGUGUGUGUGGGGGGGGGUGGGGAGGCGGGGCAGGCACAGUCAGUUCUGAUAACAGCAACAGUAGGAGGAGGAUGAGCCGUGGGACCGCCCCACUCUCCCACAGAUAUAAAUAGGAGCUGGAUUUUUUUUACUCCACUCAGUUCUCCUGAAGGAUGAGAUCCCUGAAACACCUCAAACAUCACACCAGGAACAAUGUGGUGAGUUAUUAGCCUAACCUCUGAGACUGUGAUUACAAUACUAGUUCAGAUAGUGAGGUUGUUGUAUGUUUUAAAGGUGGUUACUGUGUCUCUCGAAGUCAAAAGAGAUUACUUUUCUACAUUCAUAGAGUACUGCAGCAAGAACAUAUUUUACAGAUAAGACUAGACUGCUAACUAUUCUCUCUGUCUUUGUCACACAUUUGCUAGGCUAUUAUUAAUAAUUUGGUUGUCAUUGUUUGACAUUUUGUCUUAAACCUGCUUUAACAUACAACUUCAAAUGUAUAACUAUGGCUUCUUGCAUAUACUAUCUUGCCUUUCUGUUUCUAUGUUAUUUGUCUUUCAUUUUCCCUGCCUUUCAUUUUGUCGUGUUUUUCUCCUUCCUUCCACCCCUCUCUAACUCCCCUCCUUUCUCUCUUUCUCUCACUCACUCACUCUGUCUCUAUCUGUCUCUUUCACUCCCCCCACACCCCUCCCUCUCCUUUUCCUUUCUCUCCCUCUCCCCUUCUCUCUCACAUGCUCACUCAAUCUCUACCUUCCCCUCCCUCCUCUUCCCUCCCUCCCUUCUCUUUCUUUAUCUUUCAGGCCCUCCAUCUCAUUUCUCUCCCUCCCUCCACUCCUCCCCCGCCCACAUCUCCCUCUCUUUCUCUUCCUCCCUCUCCUUCUUUCUUUCUUUCUCUCUCACACACACACAGACAGACACACAGACAGACACACAUACACACACAGACACACACAGACACACACAGACACACACAGACACACACCCACACAGAGCCACACAGAGACACAGACACACAGACAGACACACACACUCACAGAGAGAGAGAGAGAGAUACACACCUCACUCACUCUCUGUGUUCCUCUCUCACAAACACAGUCUGUCCUUGUCUGACUACUUUAAAAGCAGUAAUUAUAAAUGACGUGGUUAUCAGGGCAUCCAGGUCUACCCAACCCUUCCCUCUUUCCCUUCUCUCUCUCCCCCUCCCUUUUCCCCUCUCUCCAUCCUCUCUGUCUCUUUCCUCAGUAUUGUAUUAUUAAAGGUAGCAGCUCAUGAUCUGUGGGAGUGUGUGUCCUAGACUAAGGUGUAGGCCUAUAAAGAGACUAAUGUCUUUCUCAUGCAUUUUCCCAUCAUUACACCAGAUUUGUAGGAAAGACCUGAAAGUAUCAGGGUACACUAGUGACCUCUCAUUUAUCAUGGAGCUGAGGCUUGGUCGUGCCAGCAUUUAGCUUACUUCUAGUUCCACUCUUUUUUGCCUUUUCAAACAUCUAGAGGGGAAACACAAUAAUUCGUAGUUUAUAAUGCUGCAUUUCAGUUUAUACCAUAACAUUAAUAUUAUGUAUAAGUCUUGAAUACAGAAAGAAUUGAGAGUUCUCCUCUCAAUCAUAUUUUUGUCAUGGUUAUAACUGAGUCUGUCAUAUAUCACCGUGUUACGGUGUUACGGAAGCCUAGUGGCAGGGCAGGUAAACUGUGAGAGGAGAGUAUGUGUUUGUUGUUAGCCUAUUGUUAGCAGUGCAAGGCAGACAGCUAGGCUUGCUCCUCGUGAAUGGGACUGAUAGAUAGCCCCAGCCUCCAGCCCAUUGAUGAUGAACCCAGCAUGGUCAGCUUGGCCAGGGCCACUCUGGACUACACAGGAAGCUCUGUGGACAGGCCACGGAAGUCCACUUCCUGGUUGGACCUGCAUCCCAUUUGUGUUCCUUAUUAUUUUAAAGGAUGUCAAGGAAGGAAGCGGGGCUCAGGCACAGAUCGGCCUUAUCUCCUCCAUCGAAUGUUCUCUGCUGGAUUCAGAGCAAAGAAGCCAGGCGUUGUCAGAAUGCGGCUGACUGUCUCUAGCUGGCUAACACUGUCUGGGAAACAUUCUUGUAACAGUGGAGUUGUAGGGAAGGAGAGUUGCAUAACAAACAAAUGUUAGACCACUUCAGGGAUCUUAAGGGCUAUCCUUAAUCCUUAUUCCCACCACACACACCUACCAUUGAUUUCUUAGGAAUCCAUAUCACUUAGAGAGAUCUGUUGGUCAGUCCUUGUAGUUAAGCAAUAUGUGUAAGCAACGUGUCUUAUGUUAUAAAGCAACCUCACAAUGCUGAAUACAUGUACUUGUGUGAUGUGGGCUGCUUCUGUGUGCUGACCUGAUCUGUGCUGUGUGUUUGUUCUCUGCCAGGAGGAGGAGAGUGGCCGUCUGGUGCGGUGCUACCCCAAGGUGAUGGAGGGCCAGGUGGAUGCAGGAACACAGACAGACCCUGUGGUGGUACUGUCUCUAGCCCAGGCUGCUGUCCUGGGCCUCAUCUCCCAGAAUGAGAUCUUUGGAGCCACCAUCGCCCCCAACGGCUUCUACAUGGGCGAGCCCAGGGAGUAUGUCAGGACCCCUCCCCCUCCAGAGGGCAUGGAGUAUGAGUACGCUGACCAGCUGAUUGGGGCCAACGGGGACUACCUGGCUGAGCCUGCAGGGGAGUCGGAGCCCCACAGCAAUGAGAGGAGGCGCCCCGGGCCCAGAGGGAGGACAAGGAGGCCCAGGAAUGAAGGAGGAGCACCAGGGGAGCCCCCUCACAAGGUCCUCAGCAUACAGACUCGGGUCAAAGGGGAGCGGGGAGAGUCUGAAACCCCUCCGUCCUGCAUCCACAUGGUGAAAGACCCUAGCAGCCCAGGCAAGAUGGAGGAGCCAGCCACUCACAGAGGGCCUCUGAAGGAGGAGCAGAGCUGUGGUAACUGUGCUGUGUGUGUGAGAGAGACGUCCAGUCAGACCAAGACAGACGCACGGCCAGAGCAGGGGCCAGAGGAGAGGAGGGGGAGAGGAGGAGAGGGGCAAGAAGAGGAGUUAGCUGAGGAGGACGGAGUAUUGAACCUCAAGACUGGAGGAGACCGGGAAGACAGUCCCAAUCCCAUUAACCACUACUUUGAGUCCAGCGAGGUGGCCUAUGAGUCUGCUGACGUGGCCGUGGGGGACUAUGACGAGAGCAGCCAGGGCAUGCUGUGGGCUGCAGACGCUGAGGGGAUAGCCAGGCGCAUGCAGAUUGACCGGCUGGACAUCAACGUCCAGAUAGAUGAGUCCUACUGCGUGGAUGUGGGAGAGGGCCUGAAGAGAUGGAAGUGCCGCAUGUGUGAGAAGUCGUACACCUCCAAGUACAACCUGGUCACCCACAUCCUGGGCCACAACGGCAUCAAGCCCCAUGAGUGCCUGCACUGCGGCAAGCUGUUCAAGCAGCCCAGCCACCUCCAGACCCACCUGCUCACCCACCAGGGCACCCGGCCACACAAGUGCACCGUGUGUAAGAAGGCCUUUACCCAGACCAGCCACCUGAAGAGGCACAUGCUGCAGCACUCGGACAUCAAGCCUUACAGCUGCCGCUUCUGUGGGCGAGGCUUCGCCUACCCAAGCGAGCUCCGGUCCCAUGAGAACAAGCAUGAGAACGGCCACUGCCACUUGUGUUCCCAGUGUGGUAUGGAGUUCCCCACCCACGCCCAUCUGAAGCGCCACCAGACCAGCCACCAGGGCCCCACCACUUACCAGUGCACCGAGUGCAACAAGUCCUUUGCCUACCGCAGCCAGCUGCAGAACCACCUCAUGAAGCACCAGAACGUAAGGCCCUACGUCUGCCCAGAGUGUGGCAUGGAGUUUGUCCAGAUCCAUCACCUCAAGCAGCAUGCCCUCACUCAUAAGGUACUAAUACCGCAGGCCCUCACCGACCAGGUACUGAAACCCCACUGACUUGUGAUGUUCCAUAUAUUACGCUAUGCUCUAACUCCCCCUGUUCUAACCCCAGCUCAGCGUUUCAGAAUAGGCCAGGCUCUCACAGGGUCACAUAGGGGUCACAGCAGCUCUAAAAGAUAAUCAAGAAUUCUGCUUCUAAUGAAUCACAAACCCUUUGAUUAAUGUGAUAAACACUAAGAUAAGGGCCAUAGCGUGUUGCUCAAUAUUCCCAUAAAUUUACAGACUUUAAUUAAGAGGCAGAGACAGACAGGGUUAGGUGAACUCAGAGGUAUAUCAAAAUAUAUAAAGGCUGUUAUUCCUAUUGCCCGAACCAGUUGCAGUGUAAACAUAGCCUUCAAAGUGCUUGGUUCAUUGUAUUUGGCCUGACCUCUUCCUGUAUGUGCUUUGUGCUGUGAGGUGUGUCAUACCAACUCAUACCUCCUUUUAUGCCUGAUCCUACAGUCCAUGCUCUGAUCUCUACCUAUGAUUCAUCCUAGACCUAGAGCCUCGCUCUUAGUAAUUAUAGUGUCACAUUAACAAAGUAUUUACUCAAACACUGGCUUACAAAUAUUGUUAUGAAUAAUUACAUGUAUUUUUAGUGUUCAAAAUCUAGGUUUAUCCAAACAUUAAUGUUAAUAUUUUAACAUGCUUUUCAAUACUAAACAUGCACCUUUCCAUAUUGUGAGAGCAUCACAGGCUCAGAGAGCCAACACUUGGUGGCGCUAAUAUGUAUGCAUCAAGUUGCGGCCAUUACGCAAGGAUUUCACGUCUACCGUACAGCAAUUACACAUCUUGCACUGACCUAUGAUUUCUUUGUGUUUGUGUGUGUAUGCUUCUCUAUAAUAACAACCAAUAUUUAUGUUAAUUUCAAUGUCUCUGUGAAACCAUAGCUUGCUGUUUAUCAACAAGAAAAUUAUCUAAUUAACUAAAUUGCCAACCCUCUAUUUUCCCAGGGUAUGAAAGAAUUCAAAUGUGAGGUGUGUGCCCGGGAGUUCACCCUCUCUGCUAACCUCAAGAGACACAUGCUGAUCCACGCCAGCAUCAGGCCCUUCCAGUGUCACGUCUGCUUUAAGACCUUCAUUCAGAAACAGACCCUCAAAACACACAUGAUCGUCCACCUGCCUGUCAAACCUUUCAAGUGCAAGGUAAGAGGAGUAGGUCUCAAUAGACAGCAUGGGUUGAGUUCCACAGUUCCUAGAGUGUUGAGAGUAUUGUUCUUCUAUUGUGUUGCAGGUGUGUGGCAAAUCUUUCAACAGAAUGUACAACCUCCUGGGCCACAUGCAUCUCCACGCUGGCAGCAAGCCCUUCAAGUGUCCUUACUGCUCCAGCAAGUUCAACCUGAAGGGCAAUCUGAGCCGACACAUGAAGGUCAAACACGGCAUCCUAGACGCUUCACCAGACGGACAAGGUGACUAACAUCAGUACCAUACUACUAUUGAGUCAUACCAUCCAUCAGUUUGUACCUUAUGUCAGUUACGCACCUGACGGCAGUUAUGAUUUGGUCAUGAAUUAAGUAAUGCAAUACCAUGUAAAAAAUAUGUAAAUACACUACCGUUCAAAAGUUUUAGAACACCUACUCAUUCAAGGGUUUUUCUUUAGUUUUACUAUUUUAUACAGGUAGUCACCUGGAAUGCAUUUCAAUUAACAGGUGUGCCUUCUUAAAAGUUAAUUUGUGGAAUUUAUUUCCUUCUUAAUGCGUUUGAGCCAAUCAGUUGUGUUGUGACAAGGUAGGGGGGGUAUACAGAAGAUAACCCUAUUUGGUAAAAGACCAAGUCCAUAUAAGGGCAAGAACAGCUCAAAUAAGCAAAGAGAAACGACAGUCCAUCAUUACUUUAAGACAUGAAGGUCAGUCUUUCAAGAACUUUGAACGUUUCUUCAAGUGCAGUCGCAAAACCGUCAAGCGCUAUGAUGAAACUGGCUCUCAUGAGGACCGCCAUAGGAAUGGAAGACCCAGAGUUACCAGCUGCAGAGGAUAAGUUCAUUAGAGUUACCAGCCUCAGAAAUUGCAGCCCAAAUAAAUGCUUCACAGAGUUCAAGUAACAGACACAUCUCAACAUCAACUGUUCAGAGGAGACUGUGUGAAUCAGGCCUUCAUAGUCGAAUUGCUGCAAAGAAACCACUGCUAAAGGACACCAAUAAGAAGAAGAGACUUGCUUGGGCCAAGAAACGCAAGCGAUGGACAUUAGCCCGGUGGAAAUUUGUCCUUUGGUCUGGAGUCCAAAUUUGAGAUUUUUGGUUCCAACCGCUGUGUCUUUGUGAGACGCGGUGUGGGUGAAAGGAUGACGCGGUGUGGGUGAAAGCAUGUGUAUUUCCCACCGUAAAGCAUGGAGGAAGAGGUGUUAUGGUGUGGGGGUGCUUUGCUGGUGACAUUGUCUGUGAUUUAUUUAGAAUUCAAGGCACACAUAAACAGCAUGGCUACCACAGCAUUCUGCAUCGAUACGCCAUCCCAUCUGGUUUGGACUUAGUGGGACUAUCAUUUGUUUUUCAACAGGACAAUGACCCAACACACCUCCAGGCUGUGUAAGGGCUAUUUGACCAAGAAGGAGUGUGAUGGAGUGCUGCAUCAGAUAACCUGGCCUCCACAAUCCCCCGACCUCAACCAAAUUGAGAUGGUUUGGGAUGAGUCAGACCGCAGAGUGAAGGAAAAGCACCCAACAAGUGCUCAGCAUAUGUGGGAACUCCUUCAAGACUGUUGGAAAAGCAUUCCAGGUGAAUCUGGUUGAGAGAAUGCCAAGAGUGUGCAAAGCUGUCAUCAAGGCAAAGGGUGGCUAUUUGAAGAAUCUCAAAUAUAAAAUAUAUUUUGAUUUAACACUUUUUUGGUUACUACAUGAUUCCAUAUGUGUUAUUUCAUAGUUUUGAUGUCUUCACUAUUAUUCUACAAUGUAUAAAAUAGUAAAAAUUAAAGAAACACCCUUGAAUGAGUAGGUGUUCUAGAACCUUUGACCGGUAGCGUUUAUGUUUACAUUAUUUCUCAGAUACACUUGAAAUUUCAGUGGGCUUCAUGUUGCGUUAUUGUCAUUCAGUCAGUCUGCCCUUAAUGCACUUUGACUCAGCAUGUACUGUAAUCUACUGGCCAAGUGUUUUGGUGCUUCUCUGCCGCUCUUCUCCCUCUGUGUUUUGUAAAUAUAGAAGUGCUUGGAUUAGACAUUCCUGUCUCUAUCGGUGGAGAGUGAUAGGGAGGCAGGGGAAGGGGAGGACUGUGUUGUCCUCUGAGGCUGUGUGUGUGUGUGUGUGUGUGUGUGUGUGAGAGAGAGAGGACAGGAUGGGCUCAUGUGUGUGUCUUUACAUUUCCUUCCUCAGAAGCCCCCCCUGACAUAGAGAACCAGGAGGACUACGAUGAAGAGAACUUUGAAUUCAGCGAACGAGAGAACCUGGCCAGUAACAACACACCAGACAUCACUAAACUGUCUGAAUUGGAGUAUUAUAGCAGCUACGCCAAGGGUGCAGGGCGCUACAACACUGCAUGAAUCAUAAAAAAAUACCCCAUACUGAGUAGAAGUGUAAACUAAUAAAGGGAGUUAAUGCCGCUAGCAGCUGAAGGCACUGCGAUGAGCUUUUACUCUCUGUAGGGGCAUGAUUUAAAGUGGUGGAAUCUGCCCAUUCGUAUGCACUGGAAUCUCUGUUUGCUUGCUCUGACAUUCAUUGGGAGUGAGAGACAGGUCAGUUGGGAUUGUACAUUUCUCAUCGGCACCUUCUGUUUUGUAUUGAAGCGUGACUCACCUCUAGGUGCCACAACAUUGUUAUUGACAAAUGUGUUCACGUGAAAAAGGUAAUAUGUGAAAAUAAAUCAUCUAACCUCUGGGAGAGUCCUACUCAACAUACAGUACCAG